AUGAACAUGUUUGAAGCCCUUAAGCUUGUCAUCCCACCUCCAGUUUUUUCUCUUCUUUCUUUCAUCAGCACGAUAAUUUUCGUAUACGUCUGCAUCAUAGCGUUCUCCAUCAUACUUACGUUGAUUGUCAUCGCCCUCUUUUACGUCAUCUGCGAGUUCAUCCAGACGCCCUCUUACGAGAGGAGUAGUAACCCUGAUACUGAAGCCGGGGAUCAACAACGACUGUUUCGACCAGACAACAGUUCAGAAUGGAAUGACCAAGCUACAUUUUAUCAAGCAACCCUCCUGCAUAAUUUCAGGGUUUUGGAAAUUUUGGACUCGAUUGUUGAUGUUUUGGAGGAGAGAAGGGACGAGAGGCAGCAGCGAGAAAGGGAACAAGUUAUGGAGAGCAAAAUGCCACCAGCUAUAGCUUAUGGAAGCCAAGAAAUUAAAAUUAAUUGUAAAGAUUGUGUUAUUUGCAUGGAGGAUUUUGAGACCGAUCAAUUGUGUCAAGUUUUUCCCUCAUGCAAUCAUACGUUCCACUCCAACUGCAUGAACACUUGGUUGAAGAAGAGCCUAACUUGCCCGAUUUGUCGUAAUUGUGUGUUGGAUUUAUGA